UUCAUGCAAUAAGUAACUUCCUGCCCGUCACAGGGGGCUCCAUGUUCUACACAAACAUAGCAACAUGAAGAAGAAGAGCUGUAACACGAGUAAAUAUUCACGUUUUAACAAAGCUGCUUAGUUUGGAUAUUGUGUUGGUUUUACCUGCCAUCAUUUAGAAAGUGGUCUGUGUUGUUUUCCUAGGACUACAAGAAUGUCUGCCACUGCCUGGAAAGAAUCUCUUACCGACGAGGAAAGAAUGACAUAACAAGAAGUUUCAGAUGCCAGCAAUGAAAACAAACCCACAUACAUGAGCAGCUUUAAAUGUGAAGGGUGAAUCGUUUAAGUCAUCACAGGAUGUCGAUACCCUGUCUGUAUAAAAGAAUAAAGCAGAAGUCUUUCCUUACCAGCUCUUGAAUAUCCCAGCUUUUGGUAGUUGGUGAAGGUGAGUCAUUAUAAUCUGUCACUCUCCACUGCUUUUUGUUGGACCUGUGAAGAAACUGUCGUGGGCGUGUUCCUCCCUUGGCCUACAAAAAUGUUGUGAUUGCAGUUUGUCCACAUUGUAAACGGCAGCCCAAACGUCAGGAUACCACUGCACCAUUGAUUGCAGGCAAUUGUUUGGAGUGUGUCAUUAAUAGUUCCAUCUGCUGCGGCUGCGUGAGUAAUUCACAAAUAGCUAUUACAGGUCGAAAACCAUGUAAAGCCUCUGGGAAAGUGUUGAAACCUUCGUCAGACUGCCUGCAGAGGCUGGGUGAGGAAAUCACCUGUUGUGACUGUCAGCGCAACGUGUCUGGGGUUGGUGAGAAACGACUGAAUGUCAGGUAUGCAACCGAGGCAUGAAUGGAAUCGUGGGAACAUUUUUUGGACACCUGAGAACACGUCGCACCACUUCUUCAAACAAAUCGCCAGUGCUUAAUUCUCCGAACCGUUAGGUGACUCAUUGUCGGGUCAUCUCGUUGAGUUUGUUCAAUUGUUUGCUGCUUGGUUUUUGCAUGAAAAUGUGUCCAGGACGUGUGGUGAUGAUGCUCAUAAGACUCGGACCACACCCUGGCAACACAGAGGAGAUGGUAAACUUAAGUUUUUCUCUGCUCAGUGUCGAAACAUUUGAAAGCCUGUUGGUAAAUAUAGGCCGCAUAUGUCAUGUGUCUAAUAAUUUGGACAUGAGGCAUACUUUAUGAUGUAUUUCUAAAUAGUGUCCACUGACUCUAUUUAUGGCAUUACUUUUUUUUAACCAAUACCACAAUUUUCUUUAGCCAAGUUUUUAUGAAUGUAUAAUAUUAUUCCUCUUUCACAAGCCCUGCACUGGACUGAUGGAUGAGUGGAAAUGUACCUUUACAAAGCCUUUAUCUAAUACUUGUUUAUACCUAGUUGUUGCUGUAACAGUAUCUCCUUAAUACCAAAACGAGGUUAUUACCAAAUUGGUAAUUGUGUUAGAGAUAGAGAUUAUAUAACCAUACCUCCCUAUCACAAAAAUAUCACAAAUACUGUAUUGUUAAGUGUUACCACUGUGUUAUUUACCACAUCUAUUCACAUUUUGGUAUUAUUAUUACAGCUGCAGCAGAGAGUGAAAACCAUUUUUGUCAGUUGGCUCCAGCCAGAACCGUUUGGAACCCAAAUGUAUCUCUUCUUAUAAGAAAUAAAUGAGGACUGCAAACCCUUUUGGUAUCAGUAAUUCAAACAAAAGGUCCUUAUUAUUGUUGGCUUUUACUGGUUUCUCAUUGUGUGGUACAGGCCAUAGUAUUUGUUACACCAAUGACAAGGCAAAAUUAUUUCCCUCCCCGAACUAUUUUUGUCUUUUAUGGGACAUCAUUCCUCUGGUGCGCAGCGCAUUCAGCGUUGAAUUUCAAAUCUCAGCCAAUCUACAGUGCUGAUACUACAGUGACGCUGCAGCCAGUUUCCACAAACUGCACUUGAAGUCACAGUCAGAGUAUUAGAGAUUUUUCUUUCUUUUUUUUUUCUCUCCUUUCGUGCUCGUGGGUUGUUAUCGCGAGGAACACUGAAGCUGAAGAGGUGAAGUGAAGCGAGAGUGUUUUUCUUCGUCGAUGCUUCCAGAGUGGCACAGAAAGAGAGAGAGCGUGGACGUCUGCAGGAUUUGUCACAUCUGAGCCGCUAAACACACGACUACAUGUUUGCCUCAUCUGAUACUAGUAUUGGUGCGUUUUUCGUAAAUCGAGUCUAGGUUUCCUCCUCGCUGCGAGUGACACAUCUGUCGCCGCUGGAAUCCCGGAUUCAGCACCUGGACAGCUCCCGCUCCUGCACCUCUCCUCCUCUGAUCAUCGGGGCUCGUAUGGAGUGAUCGAGUCUGUUUGUGGUCGUGUGGUUGGGGGGUGGGUGGGCGCUUGGUGGAGGGGACGGGGAGGAGAAAAGAAGAAAAACCUUGCGAGCACAUUAUGCAUCCCGCCCGAGAUGUCUUCAUUAUUAUCCCCCUGAUCCAGUGACAGCCCCGUCGUCAGCGUCUGAAGGAUGGUGCUUUCACUCCCGUGUAAGUGUCUUCGUCGUGCGCUGUCUUCUGUCAGGCGAUACGGCUGCUUGGCCAACGCAAAUUUAAGCGGCAUCGGUGCAGCCUGCACACAGCAACAUCCGAGCUCCCCUCACUCUGAUCAUCAGCAUCAUCAUCAUCAUCAGCAGCAGCAGCAGCAGCGAGGAGGGAGAUAUAACCAUCAUCUGCGCGAGGGCAAAGGAGUCACGACCACGCGUCACACAAUGUAGAGCAAUAAAACAAACACAAAAAAAGGUGUGGUAGGAGCCAGGUCUCUGUGGUGGUGAAAUCACAUUUCACACUUGAGGUUGGUUAUUGUGGACAUCCAUUUGCGGCAAAAAGACCUCAACAUGAGCCAUUCCCAGGUUCCUCCCCACGCUGGCAUCUCAGAGCUGGAGGUCAUCUCCCAGCAGGUGGAGGAGGACAACCAGUGCGUGGCCCCCGUCCAACUGGUCAGCUUUGCCUACAGAGACUUGCCUUUGGCUGCCCUGGAUAUAUCCCUUGCUGGUUCCCAGCUCAUCUCGAACCCAGAUGAGGAGGACAACAGAGAUGGGUCGAACUGGCUGAAGCCAUGCUGUGGGAGAAGAGCGGCGCUGUGGCAGGUGUGUUUGCUGUCAGCGGGCUUCAACUGUUUCCUGGUGGCUUGUGUCAUCCUGGUGGUGCUGCUGCUGAUGCUGGAGCUGCUCAUAGACACCAAGCUGUUGCAAUUUAAUAAUGCAUUCCAGUUUGCCAGCAUCAUCCACUGGAUCAGCCUGGCUAUCCUGUCCGUCUUCUUCACCGAGACUGUGUUCAGGAUCGUGGUGCUGGGGAUAUGGGAUUACAUCGAGAACAAAGUAGAGGUGUUUGAUGGAGCUGUCAUCGUCCUCUCUCUGGCCCCCAUGGUGGCCUCCACUGUGGCCAACGGCCCCAGCAGCCCCUGGGAUGCUAUUGGUCUCAUCAUCACACUGCGCAUCUGGAGGGUGAAGAGGAUCAUUGAUGCCUAUGUGCUGCAAGUGAAGGUGGAGAUGGAGCUGGAGAUCCAACAAUACGAGAAGGCCAAGGCCGUGAGGGAUGAACAGCUCGACCGUAUCACUCAGAUCUGUCAGGAACAGGCAUUUGAAAUCAGGCAGCUGAGGGCCCACCUGGCCCAGCAGGACCUGGAUCUCGUGGCAGAACGUGAAGCGGCGAUGCAGAUCCACCAUAUGUGGGGUAAACAAAGCAGCACUUUCCAGGAAGUGGACGGACUGUCACCUCGAGUUUCUGAGCAUCACGGUCCUACUAAAGCUCGAGAGCCUGGGGGGCCUGCAGAUCUCCAUGGCCAAGAUGACAUGAACAACUACAUUAGCCAGUACUACAGUGAGCCAAGCAGUGAUAUGGGGAUCCCAGACCCUGCCCGCAUCAUCACCACUGCAGCCAUAGACGUGCACCUGCCAAACAACCCUAGCCAGCUUCCCUCCACUUUGGUGAGUGCCGACGCGGUGCCGUCCAGCCAUUUGCAGAGAACAGGCAGCUUGGUCAGUGAGGCCUCCACCACCACAGUGUCCCGCACCAGCUUUAGUGCCCGCCAGCACAGCUUUAGCAGCCAUACGCUCGGCUCCACCACAGACUGCAGCUCCACAGUGCGGGAAGCCUCCACCUCCACCUCCACGAACUACAGCGACCAACGCUGCUACCCUCCACCCUACAGCAGCCCUCUGGCCCUGGGCUCUCAGCUACGAGGGAGUCCCAGCGCAGUGGUGCAGGAGCUGCUCUCCUCUCUGUCUGAGAACUCCUGUCUCACACAGAAGGGGCUGGACCCUGUCAACCUGAAGCCGCCCAGCCCAGCAGGCUCCACCAAAACCAGCCCCGAGCUGGAGCACAGGGUCAAUAUCUACAAUAAGAGGAACCAGGACAGCCGAGUGGGGCUCCACUCUAAGCCACUCAUCCAUCUGCAGGGCAACGAGCCUCUCCUGGAGGAGAAGUACAGGAUGAUGGAGCCAGUUGACGCUCCAGUCAACCGUCUGUCCGAGACAUAGGACUGUCCGACAUGUGGAGUGCUCUUAGGUCAACAGCAAAAAUGUAUGCUUUACUUAACUACCAUGCUGUGUCACAAGUCAGUGGCACACAAACUGUACAUCUGUCAUCCUCUUUGUACUAUUGGGAGCAUAGUGGAUGAACUUACCACAGCAGCACACACAGGGCACAGAGGACAGAAGGAGGCAGACUUGUUAUCAGGAACCACCUUUCAGGAAUUGAAACUCACAAAAAAAAAAAAAAACACUUGAGUUUUAUGAUAAAAGUUUUACCAAAAGAAACCAGCAACAGAAAAUCUGGCUUUUGAUAUGUAGAUUUCCUCUCAUACAUGAAUUGGAGAUGCUGGACUGAUCCACUGGAGAGCUACAAACUGUGGUCAGUUACUCUGAGCUUCAAGGCGUGGAGUCAUUACAAGUGCAGGUGUGUGAGCUGUUUAGUUCUUCAGUCGAGUGUCUCCAAACUCACCACGAACAGUCCUCCUUGUUGGACUGCUGCAGGGUACAUCAGAUCAGUCUCAACGUCUUUCUAAUCUUUGUCUUUCUAUAUUAUCAGUGUUGACAUUUUUAUCGAAAUUAUAUAAGUGGGAGGAGCGCAAAAAUCUUUUGACUGGAGUUUUCUAUCCAGGUGCCAUGAUUGGAAACUGACCCAACCCGGCCAAGUCAGCGUUUACGUGAAUCUUGAAAACCACAGCAUGUCCCUCACAAAACCAAAACAAUAAAAAAGAGCUACCUGCAUAUGAUAGAUUUCGUAUCAUUCAGGUCUUAAGUAUUACCUUUUUAUGAAUUCUGAGGCUAUGUAAAUAUUUCAGGUUGGGUUUGACGAUGUCACAUUUAAAAUAAAGAGGGACUAGCACUAAAACACCAAGUUGGAAAAAGAAAAUUAUAAAGCAUGAAACCUUCAAGAUUUGCCUUUUAAAUAUUGCAAACUAACCUAGUUCAUUGUACUGUCAACAGGCUUUUUUUAUCUUGACCAUGGAAGGAGGGCAUUAUAAAAUGAACCCAAUAAAAGGAACAAUGUGGCAAAAAUGA